UUUGAUAAAUAAUCCAUUCAAAGAAAGAAGUGAUGAUGAAUGAAUAUGCGUGACUUGGCCGUUGUGAAAUUUGAUCAUAACGGACGAAAAGAGCGACAAAAAACUGACUUACUUAAAAGUAACUACGUCAUAAAAGAGGCCGAAAGCAUCUGGCGAUACAUCUUUUGUGAGAAAGAGCUACGUCAAAGGAAAUAUCAGGCUGGUUGUUCUUGAGGGGGGGAUUACCAACGGAAGUGAGUUCACCGUCGGGCCUCUCGACUGGAGUUCAUAUCACGUGGUCAAGGAAAAUAAUGGCGGACAUUAUGGUCGCUUCCAUGAAUAGCAUCAAAUGAAAGAUGUCUUGGAGAAAGUCCUACGAUUUUACUCCACGAGUGGCCGAAAAUGAAGUCGAUUCAUCUGACAGCGAUUCUGACCCGGGGCCCGAAACGAUUAAAUUAUAUCAUCGAAGAAAAUCAACAGUGACUGCUGUUAAAGCGAGGAGUUGUUUAAAGGAGGGAUUUUUGCAGAAACAAACGGGCUCAUUUCAGAGAUGGAAAAGGAGAUAUUUCAAAUUGAGAGAGGGGAAAAAGCUAUACUACGCCAAAUCCAGUGAUGAAACACUAUUCACUGAGAUAGAUCUACAAGAUUUUAGUGUAGCUGAAUCAAGUAUUCAAAACAAUAACAAUUGCUUUAAAAUCAUCACACCCUUUCAAAGUAUUAAUCUUAGUGCUGAUUCCAGAAAGGAAAUGGAGGAAUGGAUAGGCUAUUUGAAGUCUGUUGGCUCUCACACUUCUUCUCAGGUGGAUCUGUUGGACAGAUUAUCUGGGGCUCACAAUUGGUAUUCAUGUUCCCAUGCAAAAGCUACAUUCUGUAAUGUUUGUCGAGAUGUAUUGUCUGGGGUCACAUCAAAGGGAUUGUCUUGCGAAGUUUGUAGAUUCAAAGUUCACAGAAGAUGCGCUGUACGAGCAAGAAAUAACUGUAAAUGGACAACAGUACAUUCACUUAGAGGGGAGGAAUGUGAAUUUGAUGAAUCUGAUCCUCUUUCAGUGCCUCAUCAGUGGCUUGAAGGAAACCUCCCUCCCUCUGCUAGGUGUGGAGUUUGUGAUGAAAUAUGUGGCAGUAAGAGGCGGCUUCAGGGAUAUAGAUGCCUUUGGUGUAAUUUAACGGUUCACCAGUGCUGUCGAUCUCAAACACCAAAAUGUUCUUUUGGUGAAAAUGCCCUGUUCACAUUACCUCCUUCUUCUGUUCUAAGCUCAUGUGGCUCCCUUGUAUGGAAUGGUGUAAAAUUUAUUAGAAGAUUUAAACAGUUGUUAAAUCCACUUCAAGUAUUUGAUCUUGCUCUCGGAGGCCCCUCCAAAGGAUUGAAGUUAUUCCAAAAUUUUGAUCAUUUUCGGAUUCUGGUGUGCGGAGGUGAUGGCUCUGUAGGUUGGGUGAUGAAUGAAGUCGACCGAAUGAAUCUCUCUACUCAGUGUCAACUUGGUGUUUUACCGCUUGGAACUGGAAAUGAUUUGUCCAGGGUUCUCGGCUGGGGAACCUCGUUUGACGACGACACUGCAGUAACACAGUUUCUACGCCAUUUGGAAAGGGCCAAAGCAGCUGUGCUUGAUAGAUGGAGUAUAAUGGUUGAAGAAAAACCCUUAUCCGCGUCUAGAAGUUCAUCAAUAGAAACAUUAGAUAUACCUUACAAGCAUGAUGUCGACAUUAUUGAUACGUUCGAGAACAACGUGGCAACGCACUUAACAAGAAUACUGCAUUCCAGCGAUCACUCAGUGGUCAUCUCCUCUGCACGAGUGCUGUGUGAGACGGUGAAGGAUUUUGUGUCGAAAAUUGGAACAGCAUCAGCAAAUUCUGAUCCCUCUGAAGCGGACGAGCCCGAUUCCUUGGCACUAAAGUGCACGGUUCUCAAUGAAAAGUUGAACCUGCUCCUCAACACGCUGAGUAUCGAGUCAGAAGCCUUACCCACCCCCUCAAAGGAGGAGCUGUCAUCAGAGGGUGCAGGGAUGGCUGGGAAUGGAAACGGAAAACAGAGAGUAUUCGUACCUAAGGAAGCUCUGUGGUCGAGAGCGAAUAGCUUAAAAAAAGCUCUUAAACAGAUUAUAGAGCACGCCGAACAAGCUGUGGACGAGCAGAAUGCACAGACCAGCGCGUCGACGAGCUCCUUAGCGGAGGCCAUUGUAACUGUGGCUGCGUCGGCGGCCGGGGGAGUGGUUACGACUUCCACAGCUACUAUGGAAGAAGGAUCGCAGCCUCUGCGAGAUAACGAAGGGAACAUCCUUGCCACCGGGGGAGACCCUUCGAGGGAUGUAUAUACCCCAGAAUCUGGUCCGAGUUCCCAAGACAACAGAUUUAUUGAAGCUGACCCCACUCCUUCCAACUGGUUUUCCCCUGAGCAACGCAAAUCUGCGAUAUCUCGUUGCAUCAGCCGGGGCAGCGCGCUUCCGUUAAGCUUUGAGUCGCCAUACGACGAAAAGCUUUUCGCAGCAGGUGGCAAACCAACGGUUCAAAUUGGUGGUUGUGUAAUCUCCAGAGCAUUCCUCAAGGAAAAACCCAGUGAGGGAUUGAUGGGGGCUAUUGGUCGAGCAUUGCUGGCCCAUUCAGAUGCACUGUGUGCCGCAGCCACGCCCAUGAUGAACAACGUGUUUGACGUUGAGGGAUACACGGAGAAAUGUGUAAUGAACAACUACUUUGGAAUUGGACUGGACGCUAAAAUUGCACUGGAUUUUCACACCAGAAGGGAGGAGCAUCCCGAGAAAUUCAGGCACCGAGCGUUGAAUUUACUAUACUAUGGCUUGUUGGGGGGAAGAGAACUCUUGCAGAGAACACACAAGAACUUAGAUCAAAGAGUUAGACUUGAGUGUGACGGACACAAAAUCAAUCUUCCAAGUCUUCAAGGAAUUGUAGUGUUAAACAUAACAAGUUACAUGGGUGGCGCUAACUUCUGGGGAACAGGGCGAGAUGACGGUUUCAACGAGCCUUCCGUUGACGACAAUUUCCUUGAAGUUGUGGCAGUUCUUGGUGCUCACCAGAUGGGAAUGUGUAAAGUUUUUGGUGGUAUGCCUCAUCACCGGAUCGCACAGUGUCGGACUGUAAAAAUCUCCAUAUUUGGUGAAUCAGUGCCAGUUCAAGUGGACGGCGAAGCCUGGAUGCAACCUCCGGGAUAUAUCAAAAUUGUCCACAAAAACCGAGCACAGAUGUUGGUUAGAGACAGAGAGUUCGAGUUGACAUUAAAAGAAUGGACCGAACUACAAGCGGAGAAGAUCAGUUCCAGUGUAACGAAUGCUCAGGCGGAAGUGCUCACCUCACUUGUUCAGUGUCUCAGUAUUUUUGUCAACUGCGUGAAAACCACGUGUGAACCGCAUGAAAAAAAUCUUCGAGAGUUACUUACCUUGGCGGACUCUUGUGCGACCUCCAUAGAAAAACUUGUGCUGGAUGGCGGAAAAAUUCCCGAGGCCCCAAGUAAAGGACGUAUUACAGAUCUUGUGACGACCGGGAGGGCAUUGGUUCAAGCGAUAACAUAUUGUCUCCAGUUCGAGUUUCCAGCUCUUGAACCAGCAAUGCCAUCAGAAAUAGAACGGAACUUGUUAUCUUCAAUUCAAACGGUGAAACCUCUCAUCAACAAGACAAUUGAAGCAUACGGACUGACAAAUAUUGCUGAAGACGAGGUUGAUCGACAAUCGUCAAGCAAAGGGAGAACCAAGUUUAGAUUUUCUGGACUGCUUAAGUCAAAGAAGCCGGAGAUGACUAAAGUCGGCUCUGCCCCAUCAGGACACAUGAUUUCAUACUGGGGAGUCGAGGAGGUCGGGAACUGGUUGGAAAGCCUGGGACUGUCGGAAUACAAGGACAACUUUGAAAGUCAUGACAUCCGGGGCAAUGAGUUGUUGAAUCUAAACAGAGGGGAUUUGAAGGAACUGGGUGUAACCAAAGUGGGACACGUCAAGCGGAUUCUACACAGCGUCAAGGCUCUAUGCGGGGGUGUGUCUCCCAAGUCCGCACAAAGGAUUGAACGGACAGCGAAGGCCGAGGAGAGAGCUGGGCGGCUGAAGAGGACGAUCGAUAAGGAGGACAGUCAUUGAAAGAAGGCGUUAAGUGAUUUGCAUUUUGGGAUGGAAAGAUCCGUGAAAAUUUGAGUCACUAUAAAGUAAGGUAAAAGAGUUCUAUUUAUUCUAGCCAUUUGACGGUGAAGCUCUGUCGUAACUCGUGGCAAAGUAGCUUGAAAGGUCUUUGAAACAAGGUAUUUGUUGGAAGUAGUUGACCUCACUAGACUCAGUCCUCCAGAAAGGAUGACUGGGAAUCGUGUUUUAGAAGUCUGGUGAUGAAGAGAAUCAAUCAAAUCAUCUUGCGUUUAUUAUUCGUAUUAAGAUAACAACCAUAUUUAUAAUUUGUAUAGUGCUGCUCUAUUGAUGAAGUACAUAAUUCCAUGAAGGACGACAAUAAUCUAGAUCACGUCCUACAUUCGAAUUAAUCGAUCGACAUACGGUCAAACUGAAGCAAAGCAGUUGAAACUCUUACAAGUGGGAUUUAACGAAAGGAUAAGAGACGAAUUGUUAAUUCAUAGAUGUGAAUAUCCAGUUUUCUGUUGAUAGUUCCUUUUUAUUGGUUGCUAAGAAUAUUUUGAACGUUUGUAAAUUAUCUUCAUAAACGAAAAUCCGGGCAAUCUUUAUUUAUAUCUGAGAAUGACCGAAAAAUUCAAUUAAUGUUCUGGAUUUCAAUCAGUAAAACAAUAAUUUUUUUUUAACCUGGUUGCUUUUAAAUUGUGCAAAUUAACUUUUUUCCGCUUUCGUUAUGACUUUUGUUUUUCAAAACAGUGCAGAAGUGUAGCAGGGUUAAAAUACUAGGAAUAUCUGAGAAACAAAACCUAAUUAUCCAUUCUCCGAAAAGAAUGUUGGUAGAAGAUAUCUGAUGAUACGAAAUAUUGAAAUGCAAAAUCUCAAAGUAAGAUAAAUUUGCGCGGUUGAAAUAUUAAUAUUGAAAUAUUAGCUAAUUGUGUUUAUUUUAGCAAUGUCUGCAUUACAUUUUAAAUUUGUUAGGAAGUUAAAUGCUGUUAAUUUUUUCUGAUCACGCUGUUUUGUAUUGCGACCACACAAAAUGUCAUUGCUUCGGCGUAGUUUGGUUCGAGUAGAUAUUUAUUUACUACAAGUUUUAAGACAGAGAAAGUUAGUUGUUCCAGAUAAAGGGUCAUUCCAAAAAUAAUUUAUAUAACUUGAAUUAAAAGUUAUCGUUGUGUUUCUUUGAUAUCGGUGAAACAACCGGUGUGGAAGUUUUAUAAUAAGAUGCAAAAUUCUCACAACUUAUAUUAGAAGAAAUAUAUGAGCAAAUGUAGUUCAAAUGUACCAAUAGGAUUUACACUGACGGAAUGGAAUCUGAUUUAGUGCUGCAUAGAAGCGAGCCACAUUCAUUGAAAUGAUAUUGGUUUCUCGUCAGCUGCCUUGUGGGAAAGCUGUUUUUAAAAGUCCCUUGUGUUAGCAGAACAAUUUAUAUCAUCAUAUUCUGCUUUAACUACUUCUUCAAAUUCUCUUGAGCCCUGCAACACUGAAUCAAAACUGCACACAAGGUAGACAUGUUGUAGUUUCAAAAGUACAUAGCCCACUAGAACAGAAAGUUUGUCUUUGCGCACUCAUGUUAACCUUGGGGAAGAUAGAGAUUGGUGACAAGCUUCGACCAGAAAUGACGCUUCCGUUGAGAUUUUAGAAGCGCCUAGCUUUCUGGUUGGCUUCUGACUGACCAGCAACAACCAUUCAAGUGUUUUGUGAGAGAAACUGGGCGAGGUUUGUGCACGAGGUCUCCCUUAGAAAGUAAAUUUAACUCACGAAAGAAGAGAUUUAUUCCUUUUAGAUAACAAAAAUCAAAUAAAGGUUUGAUAAAUUUUAAACUUCUUUGAGUGGUCAGGUAACCAGCUCAGCUGUUGUACAGUGAAGUGUUAGAGACAGGAGAGAAAUUUCAAAGGUUAUUAAUUUUUGUAUAGAAUGUAAACGAGAAUAGAAAAUGAACAUACGAGUAAAUUCUGUAAAACAGAGAAAAGUAUAUUUAUUAUUACAUUGUUGGAGUUCUUUGUGUUAUAGGUGCGUGUAGUUUCAGAAAAAGAAUCACAGUGACUAGCGUCAUUUCAAGUUAACUUCUAUCUCUGGUGGCCAACAGUUCGUUUCAUGCCAACUUUGUUUUGUUUGAAGGUGGAUUUGCCGAACAGUAGGCUUCGUAUUCUUUUAAUUGCCUUGCGCACCAGAGGCUCUGUACACAGUCUGUAACGAACAUAUCUUUUGGUAUCGCAUGAUAGCGUCGUAAUUACGCGAUCCUAUGUACCUUAAAUGGAUAUUUCGUUAUAAAACCUUUGUUCAAGAAAAAAAAAUGAAUUUUACUUUGAAUUAAGGAGCUGCCUCACGAUAUUUUGAUUCUUUUAUUUAGCGUAAAAAAAUUGCCUUUGAAAUAAAAAGGAAUUGGGCAAAUUUCGAUUUAGUGUCGGAAAUAAUCCAGAACCGCUUAGGUUUUGCUUAACUUGGCCCUGUGAUUAAUGUGAAAAACUCGACUCAACUCCUCGACCAAUUAGACGCAAGACUAUUUGAUCGGGACCAGGACGCUUGCUUUUCCCGCGUUCAUUUUGAGUUCUUAUUGGCUCCUUGUGAUAUUUUUCCUUUGUUCUGAUCGGCUGUUUUAAUUACUUGGGUUGUGGUUUUGACGACACUUCAUCGAAAUGCGUUCCAUUGAAAUUAUUACUUACUACUGUAGAAAAAAUAGCAGAACAGUAAGAUUAUACGAAACAGAGUUUUAGAUAGUAAAAAAUUGAGAAUAUCGACACGGAAUGUAACUCUGAGUUUUUCAAAAUGCUGCCUAAGUCAUGAAGUAGCUCCUUCCUUAACCGCAAAAUUAAUUAUUCUCUUUAGCUGUUAUUCACCAAGCUAACACCAACAUAAGUAAAGUAAUAGACUGGCCCGUUAUGUUGGCGAGAACCAGACUAAAAUUUUAGCUAUCUCGUUAACAUUACCCAUUAAUAGUCUACAAUAAAAUUGAGCAAUAGAAAAUUG